GACGCGGCGACGCGGCGGCGCGGCGGCGCGGCGGGAAGGGGCGGCGAUGGCGGGACGGCGCGGGGCUCUCAUCGUGCUGGAGGGCGUGGACCGCGCCGGGAAGAGCACGCAGAGCCGCAAGCUGGUGGCCGCGCUGUGCGCCGCCGGCCACCGUGCGGAGCUGCUCCGCUUCCCGGAAAGAUCCACUGAAAUUGGCAAACUUCUGAGUUCCUAUUUGGAAAAGAAAAAUGAGGUGGAGGACCACUCGGUGCACCUGCUCUUCUCUGCGAACCGCUGGGAACAAGUGCCAUUAAUUAAAGAGAAGUUGAGCCAGGGUGUCACCCUCGUUGUGGACAGAUAUGCGUUUUCUGGUGUUGCCUUCACUAGCGCCAAGGAGAACUUUUCCCUGGAUUGGUGCAAGCAGCCAGACGUGGGCCUCCCCAAGCCGGACCUGGUCGUGUUCCUUCAGUUACAGUUGGUGGAGGCUGCCGCUCGGGGAGAGUUUGGCCGUGAGCGCUACGAGAACAGGACUUUCCAGGAGCGGGCUCUGCAGCGCUUCCACCAGCUCAUGGGGGACCCGAGUUUGAACUGGAAGGUGGUCGAUGCCUCCAGAAGCGUGGAAGACGUGCACGAGGAAAUCUGUACCCUCUCUGAGGACACCAUCCACGCUGCCUCACAGAGGCCGCUGGGGGAGCUGUGGAAGUAGAUGCAUGGAGCCCCCUCCCCUGCCGUCCUGCAAGCCCCAGCGUGCAGACAGCUGCCCUCACAGGUGAACAACCUGGUGCUAUGCACCAAAGCGGCUGCAAGCGGAGCCCCUGGGCCACCGUGUGAGCUGGGGUCCACGUGUCCUGGCUGCCUUCCUCUGCCUCCUUUUUGCCCUGAAGAUGUCAAUAAAUUAUUGUGCUUUUCUAUGGACAAUAAGCAACAGCCA